CCACUCAAUCAUCCAGUGCAACUAGCUGAUAGUAAGCCAUAAGCAUCUCACUCUCUCCUUGCUUGAUUCUUCUGCACCGUGCAGCGAUCGCUCUCAUCAUUAGUCGGCCUACAGGCAUGGCGUCCUCCAGCGUCCCUUCUUGGGUUGCACUUGCGCUGCUCCUCUUGGUUGCUCUCGCUGCCACCGCCAAUGGCGACGAGCUCUCCCCGGGUUACUACGAGAAGACGUGCCCCAACGUGCAGCGCGUCGUGCGGUCAGUGAUGGCGAGCAGCGUCACCGCCCAGCCGAGGAUGGCGCCCGCCGUUCUCCGCCUCUUCUUCCACGACUGCUUCAUCAACGGAUGUGAUGCUUCGGUUCUCCUCGACGCAACUCCCUUCUCCCCCAGCGAGAAGGAUGUGGAGACGAACGCCUCCCUCACCGGCUACGCCGUCAUCGACGACAUCAAGUCCGUGCUCGAGCAUGAGUGCCCGGCCACCGUCUCCUGCGCCGACGUCAUCGCCCUCGCGUCCCGUGACGCCGUCGCCCUGCUCGGAGGCCCCACCUGGAGCGUACCCCUCGGCCGCAAGGACUCGCGCUUCGCCGCCGACCCGGAAUCGACCAAGAACGGCCUCCCCAGCCCGCACGACGACCUCGGCGAGCUCAUCAGAAUGUUUUCAAGGCUCAAUCUCGACGCUCGUGACAUGACCGCGCUCUCUGGUGCCCACACCGUCGGGAUGGCCAGCUGCGAUACCUACAGGGACCGCGUCUACGGCACCGACCGCGAUGAAGAGAUCGACCCAUACUUCGCACAGACCACACAGCAGACGUGCCAGGGUCCUUCUGGUAAGGCGCCGUUUGACGUGCAGACGCCGAUGAGGUUCGACAAUGCUUACUACAAGAACCUUAUCGCGCGGCGCGGUCUCCUUUCCUCAGACCAGACUCUCUACGGCGGUGGAGGUCUGCAAGACAAUCUCGUGGAGAUGUACAGCGCCGACAGUGAGGCGUUCGCGAGGGACUUCGCCAAGGCCAUGGUGAAGAUGGGAAACGUGCCUCCGCCCCAGGGAAUGCCCAUGGAGGUGAGGCUCAAGUGCUCCAUGGCAAACAACUAUUGAUUGUAAGAUCCCAAGUGCAUCAUGCAACCCGGCCUGAUUAUAUUGGAUUCAAUUAAAUGUACACAUUGUAACAGUACUAAUACGUGUUCAAUUUCUUUUUUUUCCCCCAUACAAUGUCGUCUCAACAGAAUGUUUGACACAAAUGUUCCCAUACAUGUGUGUGUGUGUGUGUGUGUGUGUGUGUAAUAAAUGGUGUUUGUCAAGUUUGUUUUAACGGGGAAUAUAUAAUGAUAUCGUGUUCGAUUGUUAUAUAA